AUGGCCGCCGUUCAGACCUUCUCGCGCUUAGCUCUGCGCAAAGCUGCCGUCCACUCUACUUCCUCUCUCGCAUUCAAUGCCACACGCGCCUAUGCCACCGCUGGCAAGCAGUCCUCCCUGAAAGAGACCUUCGCCAACUCCCUCCCCGAAAAGAUCGAGCAGAUUAAGAAGCUGCGAAAGGAACACGGCAACAAAGUGGUGGGCGAGGUCACCCUCGACCAGGUGUAUGGCGGCGCACGCGGAAUCAAGUCGUUGGUGUGGGAGGGUUCGGUGCUCGACUCCGAAGAGGGCAUCCGCUUCCGCGGCCGAACCAUCCCGGAAUGCCAGGAACAGCUGCCCAAAGCCCCCGGCGGCAGUGAACCGCUUCCCGAAGGCAUCUUCUGGCUGCUCCUCACCGGCGAAGUGCCCUCGGAGCAGCAGGUGCGCGACCUCUCCGCCGAGUGGGCCGCUCGCUCCGAGGUGCCCUCCUACCUCAACGAGCUCAUCGAUCGCUGUCCCUCCGACAUGCACCCCAUGGCUCAAUUCUCCAUGGCCGUUACCGCCCUCGAGCACGAAUCCUCUUUUGCAAAGGCCUAUGCGCGCGGCAUGAAGAAGAGCGAGUACUGGGAGAAGACGUACGAAGACUCCAUGGACACCAUCGCCAAGCUCCCCACCAUCGCCUCUCGCAUCUACCGCAACGUCUACAAGGACGGCAAGGUUCCGGCGGUGCAGAAAGACAAGGACUACGGUUACAACUUCGCGAACCAGCUCGGCUUCGCCGAGAACCAAGACUUCGUGGAGUUGAUGCGACUCUACCUCACCAUCCACUCCGAUCACGAGGGCGGCAACGUCAGCGCUCAUACCACACAUCUCGUCGGCUCGGCCCUUUCUUCGCCCAUGCUUUCCCUCGCUGCCGGCCUUAACGGUCUCGCCGGCCCGCUGCACGGUCUUGCCAACCAAGAGGUGCUCAACUGGAUUGUGGAGAUGAAGAAGCACGUCGGGUCUGACUUGAGCGAUGAGAACAUCACCAAAUACCUCUGGGACACCCUCAAGUCCGGCCGCGUGGUCCCCGGCUACGGACACGCCGUGCUUCGCAAGACGGACCCGCGCUACGCAUGCCAGCGCGAGUUCGCCCUGAAGCACCUGCCCGAUGACCCGAUGUUCAAGCUGGUCAGCCAAGUCUACAAGAUCGCCCCGGGCGUGUUGACCGAGCACGGCAAGACCAAGAACCCCUACCCCAACGUCGAUGCUCACUCUGGUGUGUUGCUGCAAUAUUACGGCCUGACCGAGCAGAACUUCUACACCGUCAUGUUCGGCGUGAGCCGUGCCAUUGGCGUGUUGCCGCAGCUGAUCAUCGACCGUGCUGUUGGUGCGCCCAUUGAGAGGCCCAAGUCUUUCUCCACGGAAGCCUGGGCGAAGCUGGUCGGCGCUCAGCUCUGA